UGGGAACCCCAAUCAAUCCCGAGCUCCGUAUUGCAGUCCACCCUCAACUUCCAACAACUUUUUCUUUCGCCUUUGGUCAAUUCAAGCCAUUCUUUUCUGAAACAGACGCAAGCACGUCGCUCUAGUCGACAUCGCCUCUCUCCGGCUCACCAUGUCAGCGACCAGACUCUUUACGAGCGCCUCGCGGCUGCUUUCACAGCGAUCUGCCCUUCCUUCCUCAAUACGUCCUUCCUUUCGCAGAGUCGCACCUAUAUCCCUUCCUGCAAUCCGAGGAUAUGCCUCCGGGUCACAGCAGACGUUCACGGUCCGUGAUGCGCUGAAUGAAGCACUCGCAGAGGAGCUUGAACAAGAUGAAAAAGUGUUCAUAUUAGGAGAAGAGGUGGCUCAAUACAAUGGUGCAUAUAAAGUCACCAAAGGCCUCCUCGAUCGCUUUGGCCCUAAAAGAGUCAUUGACACGCCAAUCACAGAAUCCGGUUUCUGCGGUCUAGCUGUGGGCGCAGCUUUGGCCGGUCUACAUCCCGUUUGCGAGUUCAUGACGUUCAAUUUCGCCAUGCAGGCAAUUGACCAGAUCAUUAACUCCGCAGCAAAAACCCACUACAUGUCCGGCGGCAUCCAGCCCUGUCCAAUUGUUUUCCGAGGGCCUAACGGUUUCGCCGCUGGAGUGGCUGCUCAACAUUCACAAGACUACUCUGCGUGGUACGGAAGCAUUCCUGGGUUGAAAGUGGUCGCCCCAUGGAGUGCGGAGGACGCAAAGGGGCUGUUGAAAGCCGCUAUCCGAGAUCCCAACCCCGUGGUUGUCCUGGAGAACGAACUGCUAUACGGCCAGGCUUUCCCAAUGAGUGCAGAGGCUCAGAAGAGCGAUUUCGUCCUCCCCUUCGGCAAGGCAAAGAUUGAACGACCAGGCAAGGACCUGACCAUUGUGACUCUUUCCCGCUGUGUGGGCCUGUCACUCGACGCUGCAGAACAGCUGAAAAAGAACUAUGGUGUCGAAGCUGAGGUCAUCAACCUACGGUCAAUCAAGCCAAUGGAUGUGGAGGCUAUCAUCAAGUCGGUCAAGAAAACGGGUGUGCUCAUGGCAGUCGAAUCCGGCUUCCCUGCCUUUGGAGUCGGGGCUGAGAUUCUUGCCCUAGCUGUCGAAUAUGGGUUCGACUACCUCCAGGCACCGCCGGUUCGUGUUACUGGUGCGGAGGUUCCCACCCCCUACGCGCAGAAAUUGGAAGAGUUGAGCUUCCCUCAGGUUGAUACCAUCACAAACUAUGCAGCGAAGCUACUCAAGGUGUGAUUCGGACUGGAGUGGGGGGACUGUUUUCAAGUCUAAAAGCAUUUCUGAAUAUAUGUAUUAGCGCCAGCGUCUUGUUCGUGUCAGGUGGAAACGGGGGCUGCAUCCAGUGGAAUCCGGGUCCCAUGGUGCAUCGGGUGGCUGCGACAUGGCCACGAGGGAUUGUAAAGGUUCAGCUUCACAUAGUUUAUGAGUCGGCGAAAAUAAUGGCCAUUGUUUGACACGGCAUCUCCAUGGUUCGCGAGCUGCCAGCUUGUAGACUUCAGGCGUUGUUCAAGCACAACAGCGUUUCGCCGUGCCUGGGUCUCGUUGGAUAGUUGGUCCUUUGACACCAUCUACCGGGCCGUCUUAGAAUCUGGGAUGUGCCUCGUGGUCACCGAGCGCAUUGUUGGCCCCUUCUGGAUGAGCUGUUCCGCCAAAUUGGGAUCGGGAGCGCGCACGAUCCAGGCUCAUCUUCCUGUCCCCCAGCGAUCUUGCUUAGGC